CCGCAAACGCUAUUACCAUCAUUUUCAACGAAACUUGAAAACUUAAGAAUAAACCAGACAUUCAAUUGUAUCAAAUCUUUACUUCUUGAUAACUUUACAGUAAUCCUGUUGUAAAUCUACUGUUUAGUAAUGGGGUUCUAAUACAAGAUUAGAUUUGAAAGUGCGCAUCUGCUUGGUUAAAAUAAGAAACCAUGGGGCCGUUUGCGCUCCCGGUACCUAGUUAUCGUCUCGGGGUACACUUGCGCACUGGGAAGAAGAAAGCGGCCGACGAUGAAGAAAACGUCUUGUCCGAGACAGAGCGGGAUAUUCCAUCACGUCUCCCCUCAGACUCCAUCAAUCCUCUCAGCCACCCGCCCGACACUCUCCGGCAGUUUGCCGUCGCCGGCUUGUUACCUGAAGAGGAGGUGCCAUCAAAACUGCACCCCUUAUUUCCGCACAAACCACUCCCAUCUAUAGGGAAGGGAAGGAGACAGGGAGCACGUCAUGAUAGCGUGAUAUCCACAGCCAGCGGAGUCGAGAGCGAGGAUGACAGAGGAGCUGCGAAACCCCAAGAUAAGGGUACUUCAGUGAGACAGCUCACGGAACGACUAAGACAUGUGAGUACUAUGACGGCUAUUUUGCACCGGUGUCUCAGCGACGGCGACAUCGCCCGGGCGAAACGGGCCUUCGGUCUGCUGAUUCAGAGUAAAUUCGUCGAUAUUCGACUCGGCGGGCUUUGGGCGGUGGGCUCGGAAAUACUCAUGCGGGACGGCGAAGCAGAUGAGCAACAGAGUAGACAACCCCCACCACCAUCAUCACCCCAAGAGCAGCAACAAGCCGUAAACGAAGAAGAACAGGAUGUAACACGCCGCUGGGGCUCGGCCGCCAACAUAGACAAGGUGCGGACCUACUUCGAGAACCUAAUCCAGCAGCACCCGCACGACCAGCACCGGCCUCACCUGACCAGCGCGCUAGACUUCUGGCCCGCGCUCUUCGGCGCCGAGAUCUACAACCUAGACGCCGAGUUCCGGCGCGCUCGGCGACGUCUCGAAGACUCCUUCUCUUCCUCCUUCUCCGAGGAUAGUUUUAUGGAGGAAGACGGUUUUGACGCCGAUGUAAGUAUGGAUGUGGAUAUGGAUACGGACGAAGCCUCCGAGACUCACAGACGCCACCGCCACGACGACGACGGCGGCGGUGCGGGAAGGGACCGCGUGCGCUGGGCGGCGCGCGACGAGCUGCGCUCCGAGACGCAGGGCGCGGCCGAGCGCAUCGCGCGGCAGAUGGACGCGACGAUGGAGAACGCGCCGUACGCGUCGCACCGGGGCCUGCUGUGGCUGCGUGCCAACCUGGCUCUGUUCGUCGGGGACCUGCACAUCCCGUCGCGGCUGCUCGACGACGGGGGUCGCGCGGAAGAGGGCGAGGGCGAGGAGGCGCUGCGCGCCCGUGCUGAGACUAUCGAGGAGCGCGGGGCGCUGGAUAGACGCCGGGAGGAGCAGGAGCGGGCUAGGACGAUGUUUCGCAAGAUUUUGGAUGGGGGAGGUGAGUUAGAUAGAUGGGCGUUGAAGUUUGUGAACGCGGGUGAGGAGGAGGAACAUGAUGUGAGUGUGGAGGAUGAGUGGUAGGUGGUUAUAUACCCCGGGUAACGAUGGAUACCCCUAUUGCAUUGAUAUAUCUAUACAACGCCUCUGGAGCUCUUGUACUAUGUCUCCUACCUAAUAGUGCCUAGGUACUAAAUCCUUUAAAGAUUCGCAAAGGAAAUUUGAGAUCGUAAGAUCCAUGAACUCGAACACUGUACGAUACUCGUAGCAACGCAGAAUAUACCCAAGUAGGGGCGUAGUGGAA